CACCGUGCGAGGCUUUGUCCGGCUGGAGGCGUUCGGGUUUCUUGGGUUUCAAUGCCGUGGCACGUGGUGUGUGGUGGUUCCAGGCGGUCACUAACAGCACUUGCAGCAGCGAAAACAACAACAACAACCUGUGCUCUUUGAGAAAAGUCUGAAGAAAUGGCCGAGAAUAUGGAGGAAAUGUUCGAGCUGUCCAGCAACAACCACGUGCCGGACCUCCUGCGGGAGCUGUGCGAGCUGCGCGAGAAGGGCUCCUUCUGCGACGUCGUUGUGGAGGUGCAGAGCCGGCGCUACCUGGCCCACAAGGCCUUGCUGAGCAGCACCUGCAGGUACUUCCGGAGCCUCUUCCUCGACAUGCCCUGCAGCUCCAUGGGGCCCUUCCUCGUCGACUUCCUGACCAUGAGGACUUUCGAGUUGGUCGUGAACUUCAUUUACAAGGGGCAGAUCCGUGCGAGCCGUAAGGAGAUGCGGGGACUUUCCUACGCGGCCGUGGACCUCGGGAUGGACUGCCUGGCUGAAGCUUGCAAACCCUUCAACUUGGCCGAGGAUAUUGAGAAUGACAUGGAAAGCGAUGACUGUGGCAGGAUUGCGCAGGGAGCGCGAGGCUUCACUGAGGAUUUACAUGGCAACGAUGGGCAGAAAGACCAUGCAGAUGUCCCCGCAAUGCCAGCCAUCGAGGACAAGCCCGUUCUGGUGAAUUGUUCCGUUUCAAAACACAUCAACAUGAACAACGCCAUACCAUUGGAAGAUGGGUGUGACAAAAUCAGAAAUGCCUCCACAAUGGUUGGUGAAAUCAAGAUUGAAUCUUUGGAAAGUGAGGGUGCUGAUGGUGGGGAUGAAAACAUUGAAGAGCCUUACGGAGAAUUUGAUAACCUGAAUAUUAUGUUCGACGGCAAGGUGGAGCGAGUGAAAGCGGACUCGUACGUGGCCAAGCCCAUCGGUUAUCACCAGCUCAAUGAACCCUAUGCACAGUUCGCGGAUGACAUCCCGAUGGGCAUCCCGUGCCAGGUGUGCGAUGAGUUCAUCGGCGAGAGCGACGACUGCGUGAAGGGGCACGCGCGCUCCGUGCACUUGGACGUGGCGGCCAUGAGCUGCAGGAUCUGCGGCAAGAAGUUCCGGCUGCUGAGCAACGCCGAGCAGCAUGUGGUGCUGCACAUGGGCGUCACCGCGCUGCACUGCCACGACUGCCGCAAGCAGUUCUACUCGGAGGAGCGGCUCAUUCUGCACCGCGCUCAGAGCUGCGGCAAGAAGCUCAAGACCCCGCGGCGACGGGGGUCGGGGCAGGCCUCGUCGCCGUCGUCUCUUCCUUCUUUGCCGGCGCCGCCACAAUCGGCGACGCCGUUGGCGCCCGGCAACAACGUGGUGUGGUGCCGGACGUGCGGCGAGAUGGUGUUCAAGUCGAUGACGGCGCUGCGGUCGCACGCACGCACGCACGUGGACACCUCCUCGCUGCUGUGCAACGUGUGCGGCCAGCAGUCGACCUUCAUCAGCAACCUCAUCAAGCACGCGCUGCUCCACGUGGGCGUCUUCCUGUACGAGUGCGAGACUUGCGGCAAGCGCUUCCUGAUGCGCUGCCGCUUGAUCGUGCACCAGAGAGGCUGCCGGGGCAGCGGGGCCGGCGUGCAGGCCAGUGCCGUGGCCAACAGCUACUGA